AUGGACAUCGAUGUUGAUAUUAACGUUUAUGCUGAUAUUGAUGUUUAUGUCAAUGCUUACAUUGACUUUAUUGUUUAUGUUGACAUUCACAUUGACAUUGACAUUCACGUUCAUGUUGACGUUGAUAUUUACGUUCACAUUUACCAACAUGAUGACUUUUAUUUUUACAUUGACAUUCGCGUUAAUGUUUAUAUUUAUGUUAACAAUCAUGUCAACUUUGACAUUGAUGUUGAAGUUGACGUUUACGUUGACGUUAGUGUACACGGUGAUGUUCAAAUUCAAAUUGACGUUGAUGUUCAUAUUUACUGUUACACUGACAUUGACGUUCAUAUUGAAGUUCAUGUUGACAUUCACGUUGAUAUUGACGUUGAAGUUCAUAUUCACGCUGAUGCUAAUGUUUAUGUUUGUGUUGAUAUUCACGUUUACGUAGAUGUUUUUAUUGACAUUGACAUUUACAUUGACAUUGACGUGCACACUAACGUUUACGUUUACGUUGAUGUUGAUGUUAACGGUUAUGUUAACGUUCACAUUCACAUUUACAUUUACAUUGAUGUCGAUGUUAACGUUUACAUAGACGUUGAUAAUCACAUUGACCUUCACGUUGACGUCCAUGUUUAUGUUGACAAUUUCAUUCACAUACACUCUCGCUUAGACGUUCACAUAAAAGUUUAUGCUCACGUUGAUGUUUACAUUGAUAUUAAUAUUCAUGCUUACAUUAAAGUUCACAGUGAAGUUUACGUUUAUGUUGAUGUUGACAUUAACAUUCACAUUGAUAUUCACAUUGAUUUUUACCGCUAUGUUGAUGUUCAUAUUCACGUUCACAUUGAUAUUGACAUUAACGUUAACAUUGACAUUGAUGUUCAUGUUAACGUUCAUGAUAACGUUUGCGUUUGCAUUUGUAAUGAUGAUCAGGUUUACGUUGACAUAGACGUUGAUAUUCAUGAAGACAUUAACGUUGAUGAUGACGUUCACACUAAUGUUGACGUUGAUGCUGACGUUCAUACUAACGUUGACAUUGAUGCUAACGUUCACAGAAAAGGUGACAUUUAUUUUGAUAUUAAUGUUCACCUUAACAUUGACAUUGAUAUUAACGUUUACAUUGUCAUAGACAUUCACAUUCAUAUUUACUUUGACGUUCGUGUUGACAUUGACGUUCAUAUUGACAUUCAUGUUUACGUUGAUGGUUACGUUAACAUUUACGUUGACAUUGACGACAACAUUAGCUUUUACCAGCAUGUUAUUGUUUACGUUGACGUUGAUGUUCACGAGAUGAACACUAGAAGAAUGUUAGCGAGAAGGUUGGAAGAGGAGAGCGUGAAUGAGGAGGUUCCCCCUCAAGUUGAGCAAGUUCCUUAA